AAUAGGCCAUAUAGAUGAUUAGAGUGCAUGAUAUAUAUGAUUUGGUCUUUAAAUACCUCCAGGUGUAAGCUACCGAAUAUACGCAAUCCUAGUUACCGUCUGCUCACCUAGACGCGGGAUUUCAGGCAGACACGGGUUGACUUUGGAAAUUAUUCCAGAAUCUGUAAACUGAAAUAUUUUGAGAAUGGCACAGGAUGUAUUACCGGCGGAGAAAUCCAAAAUAGCGGAAGAUUUAAAACCAGCAGUACAAGACUACAGUCACCAAGACAGUUUAUUUGGGAAUGCGUUCUCCUCGAAGGCCUACUUCAUAGUUCAUCCGGAAUGGCUGUCAGAAAACGUUGAUCCACCCGUGUCUCAGCCCCUGCCGAGGAAGCCCUGGCCCUGGGAACAACCCAAGUACCGCCAGAACGUACAGCGAUAUGAAAACGGCCAGAUGACUCCAGACACCUCUACCCACGGUCAAAAUUCACCCGUCCCCGACUUUGGUCUCCCAGAACCCGGAUAUUCAUAUACCCAGCCACUGAAAAAUGAAUAUGAUUCGGAAAUCUUGGACCGAAAACCCCUAGAGGAUUCAAAAGUGAACCGUUUGUUUUAAAAAUUCAAACAUUAGACACAGUUGGCUACCAUGAAUGAGACAGUGAGAUGAACAGCUAUCGAUGACUGUGUCACAUGACUGUAAUACAGUGCUAGAAUUCCUUAGCAACGAUCAAACUUCCUGUACACUGAUGUCACGUUCGACAUGCCGCUUCCAGUAUUAUAUCUAUUAUAUUUGUGUGCAAUGAAUAAUUUAUUUAUUUUACUUCAGUAAAGUUGUUAGAAUUCUA